GUGAGUACAUUCAUGUUUUGGGAAGAUGCGAAGAACUACUGUCGCUCCAAAUACACGGACCUGGUCAGAGUGUGGAACGUGUCUCAGAACAAUGAAAUACACCCACUCAUUGAGAGGAACCACUGGAUCGGCCUAUACAGAGACCUGUGGGCUAACUGGUCUGACCACAGCCCACUGACCUUCACUAACUGGGAGACGGGCCAGCCCGACAACAAAGGCAGCACCAACAUGACUUCCUGUGCUGCCGUGGAUACGAGCACCAGAACGUGGUGGGAUGUUGACUGUAGUGAAGAGCACGAGUUCAUCUGUCAGACUCUGAUUCCAUCCAGUAGGAGGUUGGAGCUGCGCUUCCAGUCUGAGGCCGACCUGACCGACCCAGACGCCCAGCAGCAGAUUUUACAGCAGCUCCAUGCUAAACUGGAGACUGAUGGACUGACAGACUUCAAGCUCCGCUGGAUUGAGAAAGACGGGCAGAACUUUCACAAGGACACAAAGAAAAAAACAUAAGAAAAAUUCAGCACUUUAAAAUUUAGUCUUAUUAUUUCAGCAUCAUUUGUAACAGUCAGUAAAAGAUAUAUAAAUGUUUUUUGAUUCAGUUAUCUAUUUGGGUUUCAGACGGAAGAAGCAGAAGACUUUUUCUAUCUAUGCAUUAUGUGAACAUGUAACGUUGUUUCUUUUGCUCUGCUUUGUUUUAUGAGGUAGGAAAAUUGACAGACUGUGGUUCAAAAGUCUUGAAAAAUUUUUUGUGAAUAAUUACUGGUACUAUAGUCUUUCUUACAUUGGGUUACAUCAUACAUAUAGUUUGCUUUAUUCUUUAACUGAAUAUAUAUUG